AUGCCGUCUUCCAAUGCAAACUCAUCUGUUAAUCCUUUGCUCGACCAAAGCGAAACUUUUGUGAGCACUGCUGAUGCUUCGACUGACAUUCUUCCGCCGAGUGAAGACCCUUUUCUCGAUGCCGUAGAGCAAGGCAUGCUCGAAACUGUCAAUACAGUGGCUUCCGGUAGUGAAUCAGCUCCUCUGAAUCCAACCGUAGCGGGCAUGGCUGGAAACUCAUCACUUGUUACAGAUCUUCCCAAACAGCUGCAAAGCAAUGCACUUAUCGAUCCGUUGGGCGAAGGCUUGUUGUCUGAGCCGGCGUCCGCACUGUUGCGCAGCGAGUUACCUACAGACAACGGAAUUUCCUUCCCUGCAACUUCAGCGAUGUUCGAAGUGAAUGCGAAUGACGUGGCUCCGUUGUCUCUCGCCAGUGACACGCUUGUCGAUUCCGGUGGCCUACCGACGAUUUCCCCGACUUCGAUGACAGCAUCGAAUGCAUUGUGUGAUGCUCUGUCGACUGUAGCCGGCGUUAGUGACACCGCCGACAGCGCAUACUCUACGUCGUCUGGUCGAACAACUGAGUCUGUGUCGGGGUUUCCGUUUUUUGUUGAUACUCAGGGUGCCGCGAAUACCGACGAGGACCUUCCUCAACAGUGUUUUGGAGGACGUUCGCAGUCGUUGUUUUCGGCUUUCUUUCCUUCUGCAAACCUUCCGGUGACUCAUCAUUCUAAUGAGUCCUCUUCCUCAGAACAUAGUCUUGCUCGUCCUUCAAACUUUUUUUUGCGACGACGAAAUUGGAUGCAGUGGACCCCUUCAGAUUCUAGCUUGUACAGGAGGUCGAGAUGUUUGUGUCAGGUAGCAUUUUAUCAUUGGCUCGAAUGUCGCAAUGUGUUAUGUUGCUACUCCCGAUUUCCACUGACUCCUUGGUCACCUCUUGACUGGUGUGAAAGUGAAUUUCAACAAUUAGCUGUCUUUCUCAUGGCCAAAAAAUGGACAAGUUCUUGUCGCAAGGGUUUCAAUGAAGCUUUUAACGAAAGCUUUGGGGAUCCAGAUACUCCAUUUCAACUUGUGUAUCGCAUACGCAAUCAACGUGGGGAACCUCAAACUGUUGAGAGUGUUGGAAAAUUUCAUUUGCUUCGACAAAUUUCUGCUUUGUCGAUCAGUGGGGAAACUACGCCCAUAAAUCUUGCUUCAAAGCAGUCUACCUCUUCGUUACCCUCUGAAGUGCUGGCUAAUGUCGAAUUUGAUAACUAUGAAACUCUUAAUCAGCAAGGCUUUACAGGGGAUUACGCGUCUGAGUUUGCACCGAGCAAUGUUUUACAGCGGCCUAACGAUUCGGCUCAAGCACCUGUUAGUGCUUCUUCUGUGCAAACGCAUUCCAACGUGCACGAGUCGUUUAAAGCAAAUCGAAACAUUGGAACUGUUAACGAUAAAGUGGAUUUGCAUUCUGUGAACGAAAAGCUACAUCGCAAUCUAAGAAAGGUGAAGGGUCGAUCACAAAAGCAGCUCAUUUGUAUGGAAUGUGGCACUUCGGAGUCACCAGAAUGGCGGAAAGGACCCACAGGUCCAAAAAUGCUGUGCAAUGCAUGUGGUUUACGUUGGGCAAAACAACAAAAAAGACUCAAGCGAGCGGCUAAGAACAGCUAA